GACUACAGUUGUGAAACCGCGGAUAUUAGAGAGGGAUCAUUUCAACAUGGCUGCGCGCUCACAUGUGGAUUCUGGAGUAAAUGAGAGGAGAUUGAGACCAAUAUAUGAUUGUCUUGAUAAUGGGAACAAUAAAAAGGCUCUGCAAGAAGCAGAUAAAUUACUUAAGAAGCAAAAAGAUUUUCAGUGUGCUAAGGCUUUGAAAGCCCUUGCUCUUGUAAGAUUGGGGAGAUUAGAUGAGUCGCUGACUACCAUAAAAGAAGUACAUGCAGAAGAUCCUACAGAUGAUCCAACUCUACAGGCUAUGACAAUAUGUUAUCGUGAACUGCAAAAGCUUGAACUGAUUGCUGAUGCCUAUGAAAGAGCAACUAAAAAAGAUCCCCAGAAUGAAGAACUAUUGUCUCAUCUCUUCAUGUCUCAUGUCCGCAAUGGUGAUUAUAAGAAGCAACAACAAACAGCUAUGGCUCUUUAUAAGUUAAAACCAAAAAAUCCAUACUAUUUCUGGGCAGUGAUGAGUUUAGUAAUGCAGGCUGAUGUAGCAGAAGUAAACCUGGCAAGAGGAAUGCUGCUCCCUUUGGCUGAAAGAAUGACUGAAAAAUUUGUAAAGGAAGGAAAACUGGAGGCAGAAGCAGAAGUACAGUUGUAUCUCAUGAUUCUUGAAAGACAAGGGAAGUAUGAUAAAGCUAUUGAAGUUCUAGAAGGCCCUUUGAAAGAAAAGUUGUCACCAUACCAAGAUACAUUAUUGAAAAGGAAAGCUGAGUAUUUAGCUAAGUUGGAAAAGUGGCCGGAAACAAAUCAAGCCUAUAAGAAAUUGAUUCUUGGCAGCCCUGAUCAGUGGUCCUACUAUAAAGAAUAUUUCAAUUCUGUUUGUCACCUUGUGGAUUGUAAUUGGCAACCUGAAGAAAAUAGCUACGAGAAGCUUGAAGAUGCAGUUGAUUAUGAUUUCCAAAAGGCAAUUGACUUCGUGGAAGCUCUUGUUGAAGAACAAAAUGGUGUGAGAGAUGGAAGAAAAUUAAGAGGACCUUACUUAGCUCAAAUUAAAUUACUUGAUGAACUAAUUAAAAGAAAUAGUCCUCUUUCUAAUAAAAUAGGUUCUAUGGUAGAUGUAUUAGUUAGAUUUUAUGAGCAUUUUGGAACAAAAGCAAGCUGCUUCAUUGACCUAACCUAUGUUAUGGAUUAUGUGUCUAUUACAGAAGAAGAAAUCAAAUUGGUGCUAGAAAAGAUUAAAGCUUCAUUGGUGCUAGAAAGUUCUACUGAAAAUAUCACACUCCCAAAAGAUGUAAAACAAAUGUAUCGCCAUCUGUGUUAUUCACGUUUGUAUCACUUUUAUGGAUAUCACUUGAAUUCUGAACUUACCCAACAGUAUGCCUAUGUCCGCGAAUUAACUGAGCGCUACAAUCAUGCCUUACAGUUUGGUAAAAAUUUGUUGUCUACUGAAACUCAACCUGCUGAUGAUUAUUGUCUUCUAGCUGCUCAUAUGUUAGUCAGUAUUUGGCAAAAAACAGGUGAUGAAAGAUUAAUUGGCCAGGUAAUGGUAGUGCUCGAAAAUGGUUUGAAGCAUAGUCCAUCAAAUUACCAGAUAAAAUUAUUACUAAUUAAGUUAUACAAUAUUAUAGGUGCUGUUGGAGCAAGUUAUAGUUUGUAUGAAAAUGUUGAUGUGAAACAUGUUCAGCUGGAAACAUUAGGGUACUUAAUUACAGAUUCCUUGCAGUCAGCAGCAUUUUUCUCUACUUCUUUAAAUGUCUUAGGAAAUUGCAUACGCUUUUACACAACUAAUUAUAAAGAUAUAGUGGACUAUUUAUUAUCUGGUUAUAAGUUUGGAUCCUUUACAAAGAUUCCUGAACUUGUAGAAUUUAGAGAGAAGAUUAAUAAAUCCCUUCAAUAUGCUUCAGUUACUGUUGAAAGAUUGAUUUUAGAUUUGCUUCUUCUUCUUGAACCUAAAAGCCAUCAAGAUUUAGAAAAAUUAUUAUCAAGUAUGGAAAUUGAUCCAGAAAAAGAUCUUAGACCUACCGAUGAUUUGGUUGACAACCGUGAUGUUUUCAUUUAUAGAAUGUACAGUCAAAAAGAAAAGAACAUCUUAGAGGAACACAUAUCUAAGUCUCGACUAGAAAAGAUUUGCUGGCUUAAGAUAAGAAAUUUAAUUAUACGGCUUAUAGCAGCAGCUUUCUACCUGCAUAAACCUAUUUAUGCUAAUGAUUCAGAGAAUAAUAUAACAAAUGGAGAAAAGCGUCACAUGGCUGACAUUCUGUCAGAACUUAUUGCUUCAAUAAAAGACUGUGUUGCUUCAAUUGACAAAGAAAAUAUGAUUAACUCUGUUUUUCCCAUUCAAUCUCCUGGAAUAUCUAGACUUCAAAAAUAUUUUCAGCAUUCUUAUUUAGAUACUGUUGUAGCAUUUGCUAAGCUUGUGCUUAAUGUUCAUGGAUUAGUUGAAUCGGCAGAUAAAUCAGAAAGUAAAGAAGAUUUUGAAGUUAUCAACAUAAUCAAAAAUAAUUACCAAGAUGGAUUGAAAAGAUUACAAGAAACUAGCCAAAAGAAAGAUUCUUUAACUCCAACUGAAGUUAAAAGCUUCAUUGAAGAUUUAACUAAUAUAGUUGAGACUUUAAGCUUAGGUACAAUAUUUGUUAGUAUAUGUCAUGCUAUUCUAAAACCAAUUUGGAAUUCUUUGAUGAGGAGAGGAAAAAAGAAAAAGGAGAAUGUACCUGUGAUUACUCAAGAAACAUUUCAGCAGCUAACGAAUUUAAUUAAUGAUAUGGAAUCGGUUGGAAGCAGCCUACAAGAUUUAUUGGAAGGACUUACUCCAUCAGAAUUAGUGUCUUUGAAGGUUGUUUCUCUAGCAGAAAAUGACAAUUGUGUACAGGAUAAAGAUGACAUAGUUGGUGAAAUUACUAGUAAAAUAGAAGAUAGUUACCAGACAUCUAUAAAAGAACUUAGAGACCUGUUGUAUUUUAAAGUGAAAUAUCUGCAAUCUUUGAAAUGGUGAUAGCUGCUACAGCUUGUUAAGUUAACUGUAUUCCUAUUUAAACUGUGCAGAACAUUUGGAGUCAUGCUACCAUGUGUGAAAGUAUGGCUUUACAGUUGUGUUGUCGUCCAUGGUUUCAAGUCAUGAACACAUGUUCAAAUUUUAAACUGAGCCAUUUCAUACCUCAUAUGUUUUUAUAAUGGUACAUAUGAUUAAAAUAUGUGCUGAAAGUAGCCAAAGGAUGAGUGAAUGGAUAAUGUAUUUUGCUAAAUUUAACAUCUUUUUUAAAUAGAUUACUAAUGUUUUAUAUUGAAUUGUUGCCUAGCAGUGCUGUUGAAAAAUGAAACUUACAAAAUAAAUAAUAAUGAAUUUUUA